AAAUUUAUUAUGUUAGAUCUUCGGAUCGGUGCACGUUAUCUGUAUCAAAAAUGUACGCGCCUGAUAUCUCAAUUCCGGAUUCCACAAUGUGAUUGGGUGCCUGUGAAUCCACCACGUACAGUUAUAGAUCCCAAGGCAUGUAUUCAUCGAGACAAAGGACUCAUUCUGGGUAUAUAUUAUAAUGAAAAUGUGAAAGGCGAAGCAGCGAUUCUUACUGCUAGCGCUGAGAAAUACAACCAAAAAGUAGGUGGAAAACUAUGGGAAGUGUUAAAACUGACUCCUACACCAAAAUUAGGUGAACAUAGAAUAUUUUAUGAUUUAGAUCCUGAAUUUGCAUACGUUGCCGUAACAGGCCUUGGUUCCGAAUGUUUAUCAUUUAAUCCAACGGAGCAAUUGGAUGAAAAUAAAGAAGCUAUACGAGUAGCUGCAGGCGUAGGAGCUAAAGCUCUACGCCCGCUCAAUCCUAAAAGCAUUCACGUGGAGUCCUUCGGAAAUGCAGAAGCAGCAGCAGAGGGUGCAGCACUUGCAAUUUGGCAAUUUCAGGAAUAUAGAAAUUCUACACAACAAAGAAAAAUUCCAUUAUCUACCCUUCAACUUUACGAUGACUGCGAUUUUUUGGGUUGGAAAAUUGGAAAAAGGAAAGCGGAAGCCCAAAAUUUAGCCAGAUAUCUGCAAGAAAUGCCCGCGAAUAUAUUGAAUCCAACCUCUUUUGCGAAAAUCGCUGUAGAUCUCUUAUGUGAACUUGAUAUAAACGUAGAAGUGAAAACACAAGGUUGGGCAAUAAGUCACGAAAUGGGUGGAUUUGUAGCUAUAGGGAAAUCGUCAGUACAACCUCCCUUGUAUGUAGAAAUCAGUUAUUUUGGAGCCGAUGAAUGUACUAGACCGAUAAUACUUAUAGGUAAAGGGGUUACAUUUGAUAGCGGAAGCUUAGAUUUAAAGCCACCGGAAGAAUUAAGAUACAUGAAAGGUGACAUGGCUGGAGCGGCUUGUGUUUUAGCUACCACAAGAGCUGCGGCGAGAUUAAAAUUACCUGUCAACAUAAGAGGCAUACUGCCAUUAUGCGAGUUAAUGCCCAACGGAAACAGUCCAAAAUUUGGUGACGUGGUUUACAGCGCCAAUGAUAAAACAAUACACGUAAGACUUCCAUCGAGAGAGGGCAGACUUCUCAUAGCUGACAGUUUAGUGUACGCAAGAAACUACUGGCCAAAAUUUAUUGUCGACAUUGGUACUAUGUCAAAAGAGUUAGUGCAUACCUUGGAUGGGGCCGCAUGUGCUUGUUAUACUAACUCAGAGGAGUUAUUCUGUUACACUGAAUCAGCGAGCAGCCAGACAGGGGAUAGGAUCUGGAGAAUGCCACUUUGGAAGUUCUACGAAGACCGUGUAUUGGACUGCCAAACUGCAGACGUUGCAAAUACAGGCCGACACGAGUAUGGUGACUCGCCAACUUGCGCCGCCUUCCUAAAGCAGUUUAUUUGUGACAGCAAAUGGGUCCAUUUCGAUACUUACAACGUUGCAUAUAGCAAAGGACGCGAUUUCCCAUACUUGAGCCGCGGAAUGACGGGUCGGCCUACGAGAACAAUAAUAGAACUCAUAACACAGUUAUUGGCAGACAAAAAAAUAUAACAAUAUUGUAAUUUGUAACUUGUAUAAUCGAAUUUAAUUUUUUAUAAGUAAGAAACAAAUUUUCUUAAAUUGUGACAUUUGACGAAUAAUAAACAUUUUAACAGUU